CCAACCCCCUUACCAUGUAGUAUUUACUAGCGCUCGGAUCUCCCCGCGCUUUUCUGCAGACCUCCUCCCAAAUAAUCUUCUUCCUCAGGCAAUUACUCACACAGCCAUAUUCAAUCCAUUUCAAUAUGACCACAAUCCCAACCCACCAAACCGCCGCCUGCAUCGACACCCCCGGCCCCGGCGCGCACCUCGUCCUCCGGAAUGACAUUCCCGUUCCCUCGCCGGUAGCGGGGGAAGUGUUGAUUAAGUUGGAGUUUACUGGGUUCUGCCAUUCCGAUCUCCAUAACAUCGAUGGCGAUUUACACAUGACGACAAAUGUACCGGGUCAUGAGGGGGUGGGGAGGGUUGUCCAGGUCGGACAAGAUGUAUCGAGUGACAUGCUAGGGAAGAGAGUUGGCGUCAAAUGGCUCCAGAAAAGCUGCAUGAAGUGUCCGACGUGCAAGGUGCAGUAUACGAAUUGUUUGAAUCAGGAUAAUUCGGGACGGAAUGUUCCUGGGACGUUUCAGCAAUACGUCGUCUCUCCUGCGGAUUUCGUCUCGCUGAUUCCAGAGGAUUUGGAGCCGGAGGCCGUGGCGCCGUUGCUUUGUGCUGGUCUUACGAUGUACGGGGCACUCAGUAAACUGGACAAGUUCUGUGAGAAGGGCGAUUGGGUGGUGAUUAUGGGGGCAGGGGGUGGAUUGGGGCAUCUGGGCAUUCAGAUUGGCAAAGAAAUGGGGUACAGGAUGAUAGGGGUAGAUAGUGCAGCAAAAAAAGACAUCGUUCUCUCCUCCGGCGCAACCGCUUUCUUCGACUUUACAGACGAGAAUUUAAUCUCGAACAUCCACACCCUAACCGACACCAUCGGCGCGCACGCCAUCCUCGUCGUCGUCGGCUCCGAAACCGCCUACGAACAAAGCAUCCAUCUCCUCCGUCCCCUCGGCACCCUCAUCUGCAUUGGCUUCCCCCGACCAGACUUCCACAUCCCCAUCACCCCACAAUUCUGCGUGGACCGCGGACUGCGAGUCCUCGGCAGUGUCGUAGGCACAGAGACCGAAAUGCAAGCGUUGUUGCAACUUGCCCGAGCAGGCAAGGUCUCCACGCAUUACCAGGUUUUUGAGUUCCAGGAGAUUAAUGCGGUCGCGGACCGGAUGAGAGGAUAUGCGGUGGAGGGACGGGCCGUGAUGCGGAUUCCGUCGGAGUAAGCGUGAUACCUGGCUUUUAUUGGUCUU